UCUGGGUACCUUCUCACCACACACACAUGUAUAUGUAUGUAUCUAUACAUGAGUGUGUCUAAGUGAAAUAUUUUGUGAGUCAGCCCAUCAUUUACUGCAAGAACUGGAGGCUGUAUUUCCGUUUCCUUGCAUUGGAAUAAUAGACAGCUUGUCAUUGGCUACAACACACAUUACAUACUACACAACCAGCUUGAUAGAACUACAUAACACUGUCACAUACCAAACUACUCAGAACUUCUGCUAGUACUAUAACUUUGUUACCAGAACACUGAAAUAAUACAGUAACAAGUGUAUAAACGACUGACAACUGUUGAUUGAAAAUGUUUCCAGGUGUAUUGUUGGUGUUAUUCCUUGUUCAUAACUGCUGGUGUGUGGAUCAUACCUACCAUGUGAAAGAGAACAAUGAUAUACACAGUUAUAUUGGAGAUAUUAUCACUGAUACACACUUAUUGGAUGAUAUACAGUCUAAGGUUGAGAGCAGCAAACUGACAUUUAAAAUACUCCAGGGUAAUACCGAUGGAAGUGUUCAGUUGUUUAAUGUUACACCUGGAGGGAAACUGUACACAGCUGCCAUAUUGGAUGCAGAAUCUUUGUGCCAAUAUAAUGUGGAAUGUUUCAGGAUGUUAGAAAUUGCUGUUCAGCAUGGCCAUUCUUUCUUCAAGUUAUUAGAAAUCAAAGUUAUGAUAGAAGAUGUCAAUGAUAAUUCUCCAAUUUUCCCAAACAAAGAAUUUCAUUUAAAAUAUGAUGAAAGUAUGACAAAAGGAAGAAAAGAAACACUUCCAAAUGCCAUUGAUAAUGAUAUUAGCAUUCAGAAUUCUAAGCUAACUUACCAACUCAAAGAGAAAAUAGAUAUACCUUUCCAAUUGUUUGUUUCUAAAAAACCAGAUGGAACUGAUCUAUUACAACUAAUUUUGGAAGGUAACUUGGACCGUGAGACAAAAGACAUUUACAAUAUUCGGUUAAUUGCUACAGAUGAAGGAUCUCCAUCAAAGGAAGGUGUACUGGAUAUAAAAAUAUUUGUAGAAGAUAAAAACGAUAAUUACCCUGUAUUCUCCCAGAAUUUUUACAAUGUCACUAUAAAUGAUACACACGAGGUAAACAAACCUGUUGUAAGGUUGUCUGCUACAGAUUUAGAUGUAGGAGAAAAUGGAAGAAUUUCUUAUGUCUUCAAUAAUGCUAAAACACCCAAAACGGUAAAAGAGUACUUUCAAUUAGAUGAAGCAACAGGAGAGUUAUUUUUGAAGAAAGACUUUAAUUUUGGUAAAAUUUAUGAGCUAUUUAUUGAAGCCAGAGAUAAUGGUAGCCCUUCAUUAUCUUCACUUGUCACUGUUCUUAUUAAUGGAAUCAGUUAUUUCAACAAUCCACCAAACAUUGAUCUUAAAUUUGUUAUAGAGUCAACUGGAAACACAGCUGUCAUCUCAGAAGCAACUCAAAUUCACAGCUUUGUCGCUUAUGUCAAAGUUACCGACAAUGACAAUGGAGUAAAUGGCCAAGUGAAGUGUCAUUUACAAAAUAGAUACCUUCAGCUAAUCUCAUUAUCUGGAAAGAAAUACAAAGUUAUUGUCAAGAGUGAAAUAGAUAGAGAGAGUGAGAAGAGCUUUAAUUUCACCAUUAAAUGUCAAGAUAAUGGUUUACCUCCAUUGACAGUAGAGAAACAGUUUUCAAUGUUGGUUACUGACAUAAAUGAUGUACAACCUCAGUUUAGUCAGGACAUAUUUAAGUUUCUCACCUAUGAAAAUGAACACAAAGACUUCCCUGUUGGCUAUGUCAAUGCCACAGACCCAGAUAUUGGAGAUGGAGGACAAUUAACCUAUUCUCUAUUAUCUAAUGGAAAAGAUAUUCUACCAUUUCAGAUAUCUGAUGUGGGAUUCAUUUCCACAACUGAGUCCCUAGACAGAGAAGAAAAGAACGUGUAUGAGUUUAAGGUUUUAGUAAAAGAUAAAGGAACACCAUCACUGGAGAAGAGAGCAAAUGUUGUUGUUGAGGUUAUGGAUUUAAAUGAUAAUGCUCCCUAUUUCAGUUUCCCUAAUGUUGACCCUUUCAGUCUUAAUGUCCACUACCAUCCCCACUCUGACCAGGAUAUCACAGUUGUUAGGGCCUCUGACAGAGACAGUCAACACAAUGCCUUCCUCACAUAUGAAAUACUCAGAGGUAACAAGAAACACUUAUUUCAAAUGAACCAUCACUCUGGUGUCUUAUCUUUCUCUCGCUCACUUUACCAAAAUGAUGCUGGAUUCUAUGAACUGGAAUUAGGUGUGAAAGACAGUGGCAGUCCAGUUCUGUCAUCGACAACAACUUUGUCUUUGACUCUAACAGUUAGUAACACCACAUCAAAGAUAUUUAAGACCCCUUCAAAGACAACAACAGAAUCAAGUAAUGGUCUCCAAUUGAAUGUGAUGAUUGUUAUUGUUGUAGCAGCUGUGAUCGUAUCAGUUGUCAUAGUGAUCUCUAUAUCGAUCUGUAUAGUUCAUAGACUGAAGCAGACAGACAACAACUAUAACAACAGUGUUGAUAUGUACCACAAGGUUACACCUGCAUUAAACGUACAAUCAAAAUAUAUAUUUGAUCCUACUUGUGUUCCUCCUGGAGUUCAGUACACAAUGCAGAGAAAUCUGAAGAAGCCCCAACAACCAAUGGUAGACAGAGAAGAUAUUCACUGCAGAACUAUAUCAUAUGAUAGCUGGGGUAACCCAUCUUUCACUGAACCGCAUCAACAGAUAUUUGUUCCCAGAGAAGAAAGUAUGUCUCCUGGUUACAGAGAACUAAACAGUUCUGACCAAUUCAAUGAGAUGUCAACAUUGUCAUCUCGCACUGAUAGGGGUCAUGGAUGGAGUGUCGGCAGUGCUGGUCACUAUGAGGAACUGCCAGUGAUGGAAAGAGUCCAACACUGUUUGCUCUCUAUUGAGUUUUUUGACAUAAUACAGUUCCAUCUGGGACAUAAAUUCAUUUAUACUAAGGAAUUACAAACAGAAAAUAUGACAGAAUUACCAAACUCGAAAAUGUUUCCAAUGAAAUUAUUGGCUUUGCUAUUGAUAGCUGAAAGCUGUCUGUGUGUGGAUCAUACCUACCAUGUAAAAGAGAACAAUGACAUACACAGCUAUAUUGGAGAUAUUGUCACUGAUACACACUUAUUGGAUAAUGUACCAUCUCAGGAUGAUAGCAAAAAAUUGACAUUUAAUGUACUCCAGGGUAGUACUGAUAGAAGUGUUCAGUUAUUUAAUGUUACACCUGGAGGAAAACUGUACACAGCUGCCAUAUUGGAUGCAGAAUCCCUAUGUCAAUAUAAUGUGGAAUGUUUCAGGGUAUUAGAAAUGGCACUUCAACAUGGCCAUUCUGUUAUCAAGAUAUUAGAAAUCAAAGUUAUGAUAGAUGAUGUCAAUGAUAAUUAUCCCAUUUUCCCAAACAAAGAAUUUCAUUUAAAAUAUGAUGAAAGUGCAUUAAAAGGAACAAAAGAAACACUUCCAAAUGCCAUUGAUAAUGAUAUUAGCAUUCAGAAUUCUAAGCUAACUUACCAACUCAAAGAGAAAGUGGAUAUACCAUUUCAGCUGUUUGUUUCUAAAAAACCAGAUGGAACAGAUCUAUUACAACUAAUUUUGGAAGGUAACUUGGACCGUGAGACAAAAGACAUUUACAAUGUUAAGUUAAUUGCAAAAGAUGAAGGAUCCCCAUCAAAGGGAGGUGUACUGGAUAUAAAAAUAUUUGUAGAAGAUAAAAACGAUAACUACCCUGUAUUCUCCCAGAAUAUUUACAAUGUCACUAUAAAUGAUACACACGAGGUAAACAAACCUGUUGUGAGGUUGUCUGCUACAGAUUUAGAUGUAGGAGAAAAUGGAAGAAUUUCUUAUGUCUUCAAUAAUGCUAAAACACCCAAAAUGGUAAAAGAGUGCUUUCAAUUAGAUGAAGCAACAGGAGAAUUAUUUUUGAAGAAAGACUUUAAUUUUGGUAAAAUUUAUGAGCUAUUUAUUGAAGCCAGAGAUAAUGGUAAACCACCUAUGUCCUCAACUGUUACUGUUCUAAUAAAUGGAAUCACUCAUCUUAACAAUCCACCAAACAUUGACUUCAGAUUUGUCAUUAAGUCAACUGGAAAAACAGCUGUCAUCUCAGAAGCAUCUAAAAUUGGCAGUUUUGUUGCUUAUGUCAAAGUUACUGACAACGACAGUGGAGCAAAUGGACAAGUGAAGUGCUAUUUACAAAAUAGAUAUCUUCAGCUAAUCUCAGUGUCUGAAAAGAAAUACAAAGUUGUUGUCAAGAGUGAAAUAGAUAGAGAGAGUGAGAAGAGCUUUAAUUUCACCAUUAAAUGUCAAGAUAAUGGUUUACCUCCAUUGAAAGUAGAGAAACAGUUUUCUGUGCUGGUUACUGACAUAAAUGAUGUACAACCUCAGUUUAGUCAGGACAUAUUUAAGUUUCUCACCUAUGAAAAUGAACACAAAGACUUCCCUGUUGGAUAUGUCAAUGCCACAGACCCAGAUAUUGGAGACGGAGGACAAUUAACCUAUUCUCUAUUAUCUAAUGGAAAAGAUAUUCUACCAUUUCAGAUAUCUGAUGUGGGAUUCAUUUCCACAACUGAGUCCCUAGACAGAGAAGAAAAGAACCUGUAUGAGUUUAAGGUUUUAGUAAAAGAUAAAGGAACACCAUCACUGGAGAAGAGAGCAAAUGUUGUUGUUGAGGUUAUGGAUUUAAAUGAUAAUGCUCCCUAUUUCAGUUUCCCUAAUGUUGACCCUUUCAGUCUUAAUGUCCACUACCAUCCCUACUCUGACCAUGAUAUCACAGUUGUUAGGGCCUCCGACAGAGACAGCCAACACAAUGCCUUCCUCACAUAUGAAAUACUCAGAGGUAAUGAGAAACACUUAUUUCAAAUGAACCAUCACUCUGGUGUCUUAUCUUUCUCUCGCUCACUUUACCAAAAUGAUGCUGGAUUCUAUGAACUGGAAUUAGGUGUGAAAGACAGUGGCAGUCCAGUUCUGUCAUCGACAACAACUUUGUCUUUGACUCUAACAGUUAGUAACAGCACAUCAAAGAUAUUUAAGACCCCUUCAAAGACAACAACAGAAUCAAGUAAUGGUCUCCAAUUGAAUGUGAUGAUUGUUAUUGUUGUAGCAGCUGUGAUCGUAUCAGUUGUCAUAGUGAUCUCUAUAUCGAUCUGUAUAGUUCAUAGACUGAAGCAGACAGACAACAACUAUAACAACAGUGUUGAUAUGUACCACAAGGUUACACCUGCAUUAAACACGCAAUCGAAAUAUAUAUUUGAUCCUACCUGUGUUCCACCUGGCAUUUCGUACACAAUGUCGAGAAAACUGAAGCCAUCUCAAGAAUCAAAGGUUUAUAGGGAAGAUACUUACUGCAGAACCAUGCCAAGUGAUAGAUGGGAUAAUCGGACAUUAAGACAACAUGAACAGAUGUUUGUACCAAAAGAAGAGAGUAUGGCUCCGGGUUACAGAGAAUUAAACAGUUUUGACCAAUUCAAUGAGAUGUCAACAUUGUGCUCUCUCACUGAUAGUGGUCAUGGCUGGAGUGUCAGUAGUGCUGGACAUUAUGAGGAACUGCCAGAUCUGUGUCGUUACCAAAGUGAUCACACAUGGAAUAGGAGAAAUCAACUUCCACACACACUCAAACGAUCGAGGGGAGAUAACAAUUAUUGCUAUCAACCAAAUGUUAACAAUUCUAGUCACCUCGACCACAUACCUUUGAAUAUAACUGGGACCACAUCCAAUAUAAGUGAACAACCAUCUUCAGUACCAAUGACAAGUGCCUUCACUUCUAUCUGUAAACCACCUCUACCAGCUGUACCUAAAGUAACAACAAUACCUGAGGUACCUCCUCUAUCGACAUCGCAUAUAUCGAAGAUGAUUUCAGUGAUAUUGUUGAUUGUGGUGCUGAUGGCUAACAGCUGCCGGUGUGUGGAUCAUAUCUACCAUAUAAAAGAGAAUAAUGAUGUACACAGCUUCAUUGGAGAUAUUGUCAGUGAUACACAUUUACUGGAUAAUAUACAGACUCGAGAUGAUAGCAACAAACUGACAUUUAAUGUACUCCAGGGUGGUACUGAUGGAGGUGUUCAGUUAUUUAAUGUUACACCUGGAGGACAACUGUACACAGCUGCCAUAUUGGAUGCAGAAUCUCUUUGUCAAUAUAAUGUGGAAUGUUUCAGGAUAUUGGAAAUAGCAGUUCAAGAAGGCCAUUCUUUUAUGAAAAUAUUAGAAAUCAAAGUUGUAAUAGAAGAUGUCAAUGAUAAUUAUCCUAUUUUCCCAAACAAAGAAUUUCAUUUAACAUUUGAUGAAAGUGAUUCAAAAGGCUCAAAAGGAAGAAUUCCAAAAGCCAUCGACAAUGAUGUCAGUACUCAAAAUUCUAAACUUGUAUAUCAGCUUAAAAAAGGUGAAGAUAUUCCUUUCAAACUGUUCGUUUCUAAAGAAUUAGAUGGAACAGAUUUACUGCAACUAACUUUGGAAGGCAACUUAGAUCGUGAGAAAAAAGACAUUUACAAUUUUCAGUUGAUUGCAAGAAAUGGGGGAUCUCCGCAAAAGGAAGGUGUACUGGAUAUAAUGAUAUCAGUACAAGAUGAAAAUGAUAAUUCCCCAGUGUUCUCCCAGAAUAUCUAUAACAUCACUAUCAAUGAUACACACCAGAUAAACAAACCUGUUCUAAGACUUUCUGCCACAGAUUUAGAUAUGGGGGGAAAUGGAAAAAUUUCUUAUACUCUCAGUCCUAAAACACCGAAUAAGAUAAAAGAAUGCUUUCAAUUGAACAGAGUAACUGGAGACUUAUUUGUAACAACAGAAUUUCAGUUUGGAAAAUCCUAUAAAAUACUUGUCAAAGCCACAGAUAAUGGUAAACUGCCUUUGUCCUCAAUUGCCACUGUUUUCAUAAAUGGUAUCAGUCACAUUAACAAUUCACCAAACAUUGACUUCAGAUUUGUCAUUAAGUCAACGGGAAACACAGCUGCAAUCUCAGAAGCAUCUAAAAUUGGCAGUUUUGUUGCCUAUGUCAAAGUUACUGACAGUGACAAUGGAGCAAAUGGCCAAGUGAAAUGCCAUUUACAAAACAGAUAUCUUCAGCUAAUUUCAAUUUCUGAAAAGAAAUACAAAGUUGUUGUCAAGAGUGAAAUAGAUAGAGAGAGUGAGAAGAGCUUUAAUUUCACCAUUAAAUGUCUAGAUAAUGGUUUACCUCCGUUGAAAGUAGAGAAACGGUUUUCUGUGCUGGUUACUGACAUAAAUGAUGUACAACCUCAGUUUAGUCAGGACAUAUUUAAGUUUCUCACCUAUGAAAAUGAACACAAAGACUUCCCUGUUGGAUAUGUCAAUGCCACAGACCCAGAUAUUGGAGAUGGAGGACAAUUAACCUAUUCUCUAUUAUCUAAUGGAAAAGAUAUUCUACCAUUUCAGAUAUCUGAUGUGGGAUUCAUUUCCACAACUGAGUCCCUAGACAGAGAAGAAAAGAACCUGUAUGAGUUUAAGGUUUUAGUAAAAGAUAAAGGAACACCAUCACUGGAGAAGAGAGCAAAUGUUGUUGUUGAGGUUAUGGAUUUAAAUGAUAAUGCUCCCUAUUUCAGUUUCCCUAAUGCUGACCCUUUCAGUCUUAAUGUCCACUACCAUCCCCACUCUGACCAUGAUAUCACAGUUGUUAGGGCCUCUGACAGAGACAGCCAACACAAUGCCUUCCUCACAUAUGAAAUACUCAGAGGUAAUGAGAAACACUUAUUUCAAAUGAACCAUCACUCUGGUGUCUUAUCUUUCUCUCGCUCACUUUACCAAAAUGAUGCUGGAUUCUAUGAACUGGAAUUAGGUGUGAAAGACAGUGGCAGUCCAGUUCUGUCAUCGACAACAACUUUGUCUUUGACUCUCACAGUUAGUAACAGCACAUCAAAGAUAUUUAAGACCCCUUCAAAGACAACAACAGAAUCAAGUAAUGGUCUCCAAUUGAAUGUGAUGAUUGUUAUUGUUAUAGCAGCUGUGAUCGUAUCAGUUGUCAUAGUGAUCUCUAUAUCGAUCUGUAUAGUUCAUAGACUGAAGCAGACAGACAACAACUAUAACAACAGUGUUGAUAUGUACCACAAGGUUACACCUGCAUUAAACGUGCAAUCAAAAUAUAUAUUUGAUCCUACCUGUGUUCCUCCUGGAGUUCAGUACACAGUGGAGAGAAAUCUGAAGAAACCCCAACAACCAAUGGUAGAUAGAGAAGAUAUUCAGUACAGAACCAUGCCAAUGAUCAGAUUAAGAGAAAAUCAACAGAUGUUUGUUCCAAGAGAAGAAAGUAUGUCUCCAGGUUACAGAGAACUAAAUAGUGCUGACCAAUUCACUGAGAUGUCAACAUUGUCAUCUCUCACUGAUAGUGGUCAUGGGUGGAGUGUUGGCAGUGCUGGACACUAUGAGGAACUGCCAGAUUUGUGUCCUUAUCAAAGUGAUCACACAUGGAACAGGAGAAACCAACUUCCACACACAAUCAACAGAUCAAGGGGAAAUAACAAUGAUCGACAUCCUUAUCCAAACGUUGACAAUAAUACUUUUUGCAAUCGUGACCAAAUACCCUUGACUGUAACUGGUAACACAAUUGACAUAACUGAACAAUCAUUUUCAGAACCAAUGACAAGUGCCUUUAUUCCAUACUCUAAGCCACCCCUAACAACCGUACCAAAAGUAGCAACACUACCGAAGGUAUCUUCAUUAGCUCAGGUACCGCCAUUACCUACACCACAAAACUUAACCUACAAUCCAGGAAAUACUACAUCAAUAUUCAAAAUGUUUCCAGUAUUAAUGUUGAUGCUGUUGUUGUUGGCUGAGAGCUGCCUUUGUGUGGACCAUACCUACCAUGUGAAAGAGAACAAUGAUGUACACAGUUAUAUUGGAGAUAUUGUCACUGAUACACACUUAAUGGAUAAUAUACAGUCCCAGGAUAACAGCGACAAACUGACAUUUAAUGUUAUCCAGGGUGUUACUGACGGAAGUGUUCAGUUGUUUAAUGUUACACCUGGAGGACAACUGUACACAGCUUCCAUAUUGGAUGCAGAAAUUCUUUGUCAGUAUAAUGUGGAAUGUUUCAGGAUAUUGGAAAUAGCAGUUCAAGAAGGCCAUUCUUUUAUGAAGAUAUUAGAAAUCAAAGUUAUGAUAGAAGAUGUCAAUGAUAAUUAUCCUAUAUUUCCAAAAAAGGAACUUAAAAUACAAUUUGAUGAAAAUGAUUUGAUAGGAACGACAGAAACACUUCCCAAUGCUAUUGACAAAGAUUUCAGUGUUCAGAAUUCUAAACUCUCUUAUCAACUGAAAGCAGAUGAAGAUAUUCCUUUCAAAUUGUUUGUUUCUAAGAAAUCAGAUGGAAUUGAUUUAUUACAACUAAUUUUGGAAAGUAACUUGGAUCGUGAGAAAAAAGAUGUAUAUAAUAUACUAUUAAUUGCCAGAGAUGGAGGAUCACCACCAAAGGAAAGUAUAUUUCAUAUACAAAUAUUGGUAGAAGAUAAAAAUGAUAACUCCCCUGUUUUCUCGCAAAAUAUCUACAAUGUUACUGUAAAUGGUACGCACAGAAUAAACAAACCUAUUCUGAGGUUGUCUGCAACAGAUUUAGAUGAAGGAGAAAGUGGAAGAAUUUCUUAUAUCUUUAGUAAUGCCAAAACACCAAAUAAAAUAAAAGAAUGCUUUAAGUUGGAUGAAGCAACAGGAGAGUUGUUUCUGAAGCAAAAAUUUCAGUUUGGAAGAAUUUAUAAAUUAUUUGUUGAAGCCAGAGAUAAUGGUAUUCCUUCAAUGUCUUCAACAGUUCCCAUUCUAAUAAAUGGAAUCAGUCACAUUAACAAUCCACCAAACAUUGAUAUCAAAUUUGUUAUAAAGUCAACUGGAAACACAGCUUUCAUCUCAGAAGCAUCUAAAAUUGGCAGUUUUGUUGCUUAUGUCAAAGUUACCGACAAUGACGGUGGAAAAAAUGGACAAGUGAAGUGUCAUUUACAAAACAGAUAUCUUCAGCUAAUCUCAGUGUCUGAAAAGAAAUACAAAGUUGUUGUCAAGAGUGAAAUAGAUAGAGAAAGAGAAAAGAGCUUUAAUUUCACCAUUAAAUGUCAAGAUAAUGGUUUACCUCCAUUGAAAGUAGAGAAACAGUUUUCUGUGCUGGUUACUGACAUAAAUGAUGUACAACCUCAGUUUAGUCAGGACAUAUUUAAGUUUCUCACCUAUGAAAAUGAACACAAAGACUUCCCUGUUGGAUAUGUCAAUGCCACAGACCCAGAUAUUGGAGACGGAGGACAAUUAACCUAUUCUCUAUUAUCUAAUGGAAAAGAUAUUCUACCAUUUCAGAUAUCUGAUGUGGGAUUCAUUUCCACAACUGAGUCCCUAGACAGAGAAGAAAAGAACCUGUAUGAGUUUAAGGUUUUAGUAAAAGAUAAAGGAACACCAUCACUGGAGAAGAGAGCAAAUGUUGUUGUUGAGGUUAUGGAUUUAAAUGAUAAUGCUCCCUAUUUCAGUUUCCCUAAUGUUGACCCUUUCAGUCUUAAUGUCCACUACCAUCCCCACUCUGACCAGGAUAUCACAGUUGUUAGGGCCUCUGACAGAGACAGCCAACACAAUGCCUUCCUCACAUAUGAAAUACUCAGAGGUAAUGAGAAACACUUAUUUCAAAUGAACCAUCACUCUGGUGUCUUAUCUUUCUCUCGCUCACUUUACCAAAAUGAUGCUGGAUUCUAUGAACUGGAAUUAGGUGUGAAAGACAGUGGCAGUCCAGUUCUGUCAUCGACAACAACUUUGUCUUUGACUCUAACAGUGAGUAACACCACAUCAAAGAUAUUUAAGACCUCUUCAAAGACAACAACAGAAUCAAGUAAUGGUCUCCAAUUGAAUGUGAUGAUUGUUAUUGUUAUAGCAGCUGUGAUCAUAUCAGUUGUCAUAGUGAUCUCUAUAUCGAUCUGUAUAGUUCAUAGACUGAAGCAGACAGACAACAACUAUAACAACAGUGUUGAUAUGUACCACAAGGUUACACCUGCAUUAAACACCCAAUCGAAAUAUAUAUUUGUUCCUCCUGGUAUUCAGUACACAUUGGAGAGAAACAUGAGCAAAUCUCAACAACCCAUGAUGGAUAUGGAAGGUGUUCACUGCAGUGAUGGAUGGGGUAAACCAGCUUUCAUUGAAACACAUCAACAGGUAUUUGUUCCAAGAGAAGAGAGCAUGUAUCCAGGUUAUAGAGAACUAAACAGUGCUGACCAAUUUAGUGAAAUGUCAACAUUAUCAUCUCAUAAUGAUAGUGGUCAUGGAUGGAGUGUCGGUAGUGCUGGACAUUAUGAAGAACUACCAGAUCUGUGCCGUUACCAAAGUGAUCUCACAUGGAUUAGGAGAAAUCGACUUCCACACACACUGAACAGAUCAAAGGGAGAUAACAAUGGCUAUCCCUUUCAACCAGACGCCGAUAUGGACUCUUCCUAUAAUCAAAUACCCUUGACUAUAAUUGGGACCACAUCGAAUAUAGCUAAACAUCCAUCUACGGUAGCAAGGACAAACGACUUUACUUCAAGUAGUAAAGUACCUCUAUCAGCUGUACCAAAGGUAAAAACAUUGCCAAGGGUACCUCCAGUACCUCCUGUGACAACACUAAACAACUUGGAGGCUAUAUUUCCGUUUCCUUGCAUUGGAAUAAAAGACAGCUUGUCAUUGGCCACAACACACAUUACAUACUACACAACCAACUUCAUAGAACUAUGUAACAGUGUGUGUCACAUACCAAGCUCCUACUAUUAUUACAACUUCGUUACCAGAACACUGGAACAAUACAGUUACAACUGUAGAAGCAACUGGCAGAAGUAUAAGCAACUUGACCAGUGGAAUAUAUUGAAGAAAAUUAAAGAGAUGUUUACCUUAAUAUUGUUGAUGUUGUUGAUGGCUGAUUGUUGCCGGUGUGUGGAUCAUACCUACCAUGUGAAAGAGAACAAUGAUAUACACAGCUUUAUUGGAGAUAUUAUCACUGAUACACACUUAUUGGAUGAUAUACAGUCUCAAGAUGAUAACAACAAACUGACAUUUAAUAUACUCCAGGGUGGUACCGACGGAAGUGUUCAGUUGUAUAAUGUUACACCUGGAGGACAACUGCACACAGCUGCUAUAUUGGAUGCAGAAACCCUGUGUCAAUAUAAUGUGGAAUGUUUCAGGAUAUUGGAAAUAGCAGUUCACCAUGAUCAUUCUUUUCUCAAGAUAUUAGAAAUCAAAAUUAUGAUAGAAGAUGUUAAUGAUAAUUAUCCCAUUUUUCCCAACAAAGACUUUAAUAUACAGUUUGAUGAAAAUGAUUUGAAAGGAACAAAAGAAAUAAUUCUAAAUGCCAUUGACAAAGAUGUCAGUAUUCAGAACUCAAAGCUUUCUUAUGAACUGAGGAAUAAUAUUAAUAAAACUUUCCAAUUAAUGGUAAUAAAAAUUUCUGACCGGAAAAGUAAAAUAGAAUUAAUUCUGAAUGGAAAACUAGACAGAGAAAUGAAGAAAAAUUAUGAUCUUCUUCUAAUGGCUACAGAUGGGGGAUCUCCUCCAAAACAAGCAGAUAUGGCCAUCCAUAUUUUAGUAAGAGAUAAGAAUGACAAUGCACCUGUAUUCUCCCAAAGUAUUUAUAAUGUCACAGUAAAAGAUACACAGAAUUUGCAUAAACCUAUUUUGAAUUUAACUGCUACAGAUGUAGAUCAGGGUACGAAUGGACAAAUUCUAUAUACAUUCAGUCCUGACACCUUAGAUAAAGAUAAGAAAUUCUUUAUUUUAAAUCAGACAUCUGGAGAAUUAUUUGUGAAGAAAGAAUUUGAAUUUGGAAAAAUCCAUAAAUUGUUAGUUGAAGCCACAGAUAAUGGAAAAAUACCUAUGUCUUCAACAGCCACCAUCCUUAUUAAAGGGAUCAGUUACCUUAAUAAUCCACCAAAAAUCCAUGUAAAAUUUAUCUUAAAGUCAGCAGGAAACAAAACAGUAAUCUCAGAAGCAUCUAAAAUUGGCAGUUUUGUUGCUUAUGUCAAAGUUACUGACAAUGACAGUGGAGUAAAUGGACAAGUGAAGUGUCAUUUACAAAACAGAUACCUUCAGCUAAUCUUAGUAUCUGCAGAGAAAUACAAAGUUGUUGUCAAGAGUGAAAUAGAUAGAGAGAGUGAGAAGAGCUUUAAUUUCACCAUUAAAUGUCAAGAUAAUGGUUUACCUCCAUUGAAAGUAGAGAAACAGUUUUCUGUGUUGGUUACUGACAUAAAUGAUGUACAACCUCAGUUUAGUCAGGACAUAUUUAAGUUUCUCACCUAUGAAAAUGAACACAAAGACUUCCCUGUUGGAUAUGUCAAUGCCACAGACCCAGAUAUUGGAGACGGAGGACAAUUAACCUAUUCUCUAUUAUCUAAUGGAAAAGAUAUUCUACCAUUUCAGAUAUCUGAUGUGGGAUUCAUUUCCACAACUGAGUCCCUAGACAGAGAAGAAAAGAACGUGUAUGAGUUUAAGGUUUUAGUAAAAGAUAAAGGAACACCAUCACUGGAGAAGAGAGCAAAUGUUGUUGUUGAGGUUAUGGAUUUAAAUGAUAAUGCUCCCUAUUUCAGUUUCCCUAAUGUUGACCCUUUCAGUCUUAAUGUCCACUACCAUCCCCACUCUGACCAGGAUAUCACAGUUGUUAGGGCCUCUGACAGAGACAGCCAACACAAUGCCUUCCUCACAUAUGAAAUACUCAGAGGUAAUGAGAAACACUUAUUUCAAAUGAACCAUCACUCUGGUGUCUUAUCUUUCUCUCGCUCACUUACCAAAAUGAUUUAUAGUAGUCUGUGUCAAGAGAUAAUGUUUGUUCCAAGAGAAGAAAGCAUGUCCCCAGGUUACAGAGACCUAAACAGUGUUGACCAAUUCAGUGAGAUGUCAACAUUGUCAUCUCACACUGAUAGUGGUCAUGACUGGAGUGCCAGUAAUGCUGGACACUAUGAGGAACUGCCAGACCUGUGCCGUUACCAAGGUGAACUUACAUGGAACAGGAGAAAUCAACUUUCACCUACACUGAACAGAUCACAGGGAGAUAACAAUAACAGAUAUUAUCAACAUAACGCUGACAUAAACACGACCUGUUAUCCUGACCAAAUACCUGGUACCACAUGGAAUUUAACUGAACAACCAGUUUCAGUACCAAUGACAAGUCCGUUUACUUCAAACAGUAAUCCACCUCCACCAGAUGUACCUAAAGUAACAACACUGCCAGACAGUAUCUUCAAUACCUUAGUGGAUCUUGAAGCAGAUGACAAAGCUAUAAAUGAUAGUGUAUUGGCAAAUCCUAUACUAAUGAAGAUGUUAUCAGUGAUACUGUUGGUGUUGUUAAUGACUGAAAGCUGCUGGUGUGCGUAUCAUAUCUACCGCAUGAAAGAGAACAAUGAUAUAAACAAUUAUAUUGGAGAUAUUGUCACUGAUAUGCACUUACUGGAUGAUAUACAGACUCAAGAUGAUAGAAGCAAACUGACAUUUAAAAUACUCCAGGGUAGUACUGAUGGAAGUGUUCAGUUGUUUAAUGUUACACCUGGAGGACAACUGUACACAGCUGCCAUAUUGGAUGCAGAAACAUUGUGCCAAUACAAUGUGGAAUGCUUCAGGAUUUUGGAAGUAGCAGUUCAACAUGGCCAUUCUGUUAUCAAGAUAUUAGAAGUCAAAGUUAUAAUAGAAGAUGUCAAUGAUAAUUCUCCUAUAUUUCCAAAUAAGGAAUUUCAAGUGUCAUUUGAUGAAAGUGUGACCAAAGGAAUCAAAGAAAUCAUUCCAAAUGCGAUUGAUAACGAUAUUAGCUCUCGGAAUUCUAAACUCAAUUAUCAACUGAAGGAAAAUGAAAAUGUUCCUUUUCAAUUGGUUGUUUCUAAGUCACGUGGAACUGAUUUAUUGCAACUAAUUUUAGAAGGUUCCUUAGACCGUGAGACAAAAGAUAUGUACAAUAUUCAGUUAAUUGCCAAAGAUCAAGGAACACCACCAAAGGAAGGUGUAUUGGAUAUAAAAAUAUUAGUGGGAGAUAAAAAUGAUAAUUUUCCUGUUUUCUCCCAGAAUAUUUACAAUGUCACUAUAAAUGAUACAUACCAGAGAAGCAAGCCUCUUGUUAAGGUCUCUGCAUCAGACUUAGAUAAAGGGGAAAAUGGAAGAAUUUCUUAUGUCUUUAAUAAUGUUAAAACACCUAAAAGGAUAAAAGAAAGCUUUAAAUUAGAGGAGGCAACAGGGGAGCUAUUUUUGAAGAAAGAAUUUAAUUUUGGUGAGAUUUACGAGAUAUUUAUUGAUGCCAGAGAUAAUGGUAAACCACCUAUGUCAUCAACAGUCACAGUUUUUAUAAAUGGUGUCAGUCAUCUUAACAAUCCUCCCAAAAUUGAUGUUAAAUUUGUUAUAAAGUCAACUGGAAACACAGCUGUCAUCUCAGAAGGAACUCAAAAUCAAAGUUUUGUUGCUUAUGUCAAAGUUACCGACAAUGACAGUGGAGAAAAUGGACAAGUGAAAUUAGAGAAACAGUUUUCUAUGCUGGUCACUGACAUAAAUGAUGUACAACCUCAGUUUAGUCAGGACAUAUUUAAGUUUCUCACCUAUGAAAAUGAACACAAAGACUUCCCUGUUGGAUAUGUCAAUGCCACAGACCCAGAUAUUGGAGAUGGAGGACAAUUAACCUAUUCUCUAUUAUCUAAUGGAAAAGAUAUUCUACCAUUUCAGAUAUCUGAUGUGGGAUUCAUUUCCACAACUGAGUCCCUAGACAGAGAAGAAAAGAACCUGUAUGAGUUUAAGGUUUUAGUAAAAGAUAAAGGAACACCAUCACUGGAGAAGAGAGCAAAUGUUGUUGUUGAGGUUAUGGAUUUAAAUGAUAAUGCUCCCUAUUUCAGUUUCCCUAAUGUUGACCCUUUCAGUCUUAAUGUCCACUACCAUCCCCACUCUGACCAGGAUAUCACAGUUGUUAGGGCCUCUGACAGAGACAGCCAACACAAUGCCUUCCUCACAUAUGAAAUACUCAGAGGUAAUGAGAAACACUUAUUUCAAAUGAACCAUCACUCUGGUGUCUUAUCUUUCUCUCGCUCACUUUACCAAAAUGAUGCUGGAUUCUAUGAACUGGAAUUAGGUGUGAAAGACAGUGGCAGUCCAGUUCUGUCAUCGACAACAACUUUGUCUUUGACUCUCACAGUUAGUAAGAACACAUCAAAGAUAUUUAAGACCCCUUCAAAGACAACAACAGAAUCAAGUAAUGGUCUCCAAUUGAAUGUGAUGAUUGUUAUUGUUGUAGCAGCUGUGAUCGUAUCAGUUGUCAUAGUGAUCUCUAUAUCAAUCUGUAUAGUUCAUAGGUUGAAGCAGACAAAUAGAAACUAUAAUAGUAGUGUUGAUAUGUACCAUGGUGUUAUACCAGCAUUAAAUAUGCAAUCAAGAUAUAUGUUUUAUCCUGCUUGUGUUCCUCCUGGAGUUCAGUACACAUUGGAGAGAAAUGUGAAGAAAUCUCAACAACCAAUGGUAGACAGAGAAAAUAUUCACUGCUGGACUAUGACAAAUGAUAGACGGGUUGAACCAGCUUCAGUAAAACAUCAUCAGGUAUUUCUCCCAAGAGAAGAAAGUUCAUCUCCUGGUUACCAAGAGCUAAACAGACCUAACGAAUUCAAUGAGAUAUCAGCAAUGUCCACUCAUACUGAUAGUGGGCAUGACUGGGUUGUUGGUAGUGCUGAUCACUAUGAGGAACUGCCAGGUCUGUACUGUUAUCAAAGUGACCAUACGUGGAACAGGAGAAAUCCACUUCCAUGCACGCCCAGUGGUUCAAAGAGAGAUAAUAAUGGAUAUCAACCUAAUGGUGACAAUAUCACUGAUAACCAAAUACCUUUGACUAUAUUUGAUAAUACAUCUAAGAUCACUGAACAACCAUCUACUGUACCAAUGACAAGUCACUUUACUUCGAACAGUAAACCAGCACUACCAGCUGUACCUAAAGCAACAGCACUACCAAAAGUACCUUCAAUACCUCAGUCUUUGACUCUAACAGUUAGUAAGAACACAUCAAAGAUAUUUAAGACCCCUUCAAAGACAACAACAGAAUCAAGUAAUGGUCUCCAAUUGAAUGUGAUGAUUGUUAUUGUUAUAGCAGCUGUGAUUGUAUCAGUUGUUAUAGUGAUCUCUAUAUCGAUCUGUAUAGUUCAUAGACUGAAGCAGACGGACAACAACUAUAACAACAGUGUUGAUAUGUACCACAAGAUAUUUGUUCCAAGAGAAGAAAGUAUGUCACCAAAUUAUAAAGAACUAAACAGCACUAACCCCUUCAGUGGGAUGUCAACAUUGUCAUCUACCACGGACUGUGGUCAUGGAUGGAGUGUCAGCAAUGCUGGACACUAUGAAGAUCUAUCAGAUCUGUGUCGCUACCAAGGUGAUUGCACAUGGAAUACGAGAAACCAAUUACCACACACACUGAACAGAUCAAGGGGAGAUAACAAUGGAUGUAACUCUGAACCUAAUGUUGACAUGAACACUUCCUGUUGCCCUGACCAAAUACCUUUGACUAUAACAGGUACCACAUCUAACAUAAUUGAACAACCACCUUCAGUAGCAAUGGCAAUCUGUAUACCACCUCUACCAUCUGUACCUAAGCACAUCCUCGAUAGGAUCACAGAACCAUAUAAAAUAUCGAGGAUUCUCAUAAAUAUCAACUUUCAUUAUCUCUGUAAUAGUAAUGUAUCUCAUGGAGAGUUCUGGCAAAUCCAUAAUCCCAUGGCAAAUGUUGGAGUGUCCCUUUUAUUAAUAUAUCAAAGACAAUUGAAGAUUGUAGUCAUGUUGUCAAUGGUAUUGUUGGUGCUGUUGAUGGCUGAGAGCUCCUGGUGUGUGGAUCAUAUUUAUCAUGUGAAAGAGAACAAUGAUUUAAACAGUUAUAUUGGAGAUAUUGUCACUGAUACACACUUACUGGAUAAUAUACAGUCUCAGGAUAAUAGCAACAAACUGAAAUUUAAAGUACUUCAGGGUAAUACAGAUGGAAGUGUUCAGUUGUUUAAUGUUACACCUGGAGGACAACUGCACACAGCUGCCAUAUUGGAUGCAGAAAUUCUUUGUCAAUAUAAUGUGGUAUGCUUCAGGGUAUUGGAAAUCGCAGUUCAGCAUGGCCAUUCUUUUCUCAAAAUAUUGGAAAUCAAAGUUAUGAUAGAAGAUGCCAAUGAUAAUUCUCCCAUUUUCCCAAACAAAGAAUUUAAUAUACAGUUUGAUGAAAGUGCAGCAAAAGGAAGAAAAGAAACACUUCCAAAUGCCAUUGACAAAGAUGUCAGUAUUCAGAACACAAAGAUCAAUUAUAAAUUGAAAGAGGAUGAAGAUAUUCCUUUUAAAUUGGUCUUAUCACAAGAUUUAAGUGAAACUAAUUUACUUGAGCUAGUUCUGGAAAAGAAUCUAGACCGAGAGACAAAAUCUAAUUAUCAUAUCCAACUAGUUGCUACAGAUGGUGGAACACCACCAAAGGAAGGUGUAAUGGAUAUAAAUAUCUUAGUGAAAGAUAAAAAUGAUAACUCACCUGUAUUCUCUCAGAGUACCUACAAUAUAAAUGUAAAUGAUACAUACCAAAUAAACAAACCUAUAUUAAAUUUUUCUGCUACAGACAUGGAUGAGGGAGAGAAUGGGAGAAUUUCAUACAUAAUCAGUUCUAAAACACCAGAAAAGAUUAAAACUCUGUUCAGAUUAGAUAAAGUAACUGGAGAAUUAUUUAUGACAAAAGAAUAUAAGUUUGGAAAAUUAUAUAAAUUAUUUAUUGAAGCCAAAGAUAAUGGUAUUCCUCGCAGAAUUUCAAGAGCUACUGUUCUGGUAAAUGGUGUCAGUCAUCUUAACAAUCCACCAAACAUUGACUUCAAAUUUGUCAUUAAGUCAACUGGAAACACAGCUGUCAUCUCAGAAGCAUCUAAAAUUGGCAGUUUUGUUGCUUUUGUCAAAGUUAUUGACAAUGACAAUGGAGUAAAUGGACAAGUGAAGUGCCAUUUACAAAAUAGAUAUCUUCAGCUUAUUUCAAUGUCUGGAAAGACAUACAAAGUUGUUGUCAAGAGUGAAAUAGAUAGAGAGAGUGAGAAGAGAUUUAAUUUCACCAUUAAAUGUCAAGAUAAUGGUUUACCUCCAUUGAAAGUAGAGAAACAGUUUUCUAUGCUGGUUACUGACAUAAAUGAUGUACAACCUCAGUUUAGUCAGGACAUAUUUAAGUUUCUCACCUAUGAAAAUGAACACAAAGACUUCCCUGUUGGAUAUGUCAAUGCCACAGACCCAGAUAUUGGAGAUGGAGGACAAUUAACCUAUUCUCUAUUAUCUAAUGGAAAAGAUAUUCUACCAUUUCAGAUAUCUGAUGUGGGAUUCAUUUCCACAACUGAGUCCCUAGACAGAGAAGAAAAGAACUUGUAUGAGUUUAAGGUUUUAGUAAAAGAUAAAGGAACACCAUCACUGGAGAAGAGAGCAAAUGUUGUUGUUGAGGUUAUGGAUUUAAAUGAUAAUGCUCCCUAUUUCAGUUUCCCUAAUGUUGACCCUUUCACUCUUAAUGUCCACUACCAUCCCCACUCUGACCAUGAUAUCACAGUUGUUAGGGCCUCUGACAGAGACAGUCAACACAAUGCCUUCCUCACAUAUGAAAUACUCAGAGGUAAUGAGAAACACUUAUUUCAAAUGAACCAUCACUCUGGUGUCUUAUCUUUCUCUCGCUCACUUUACCAAAAUGAUGCUGGAUUCUAUGAACUGGAAUUAGGUGUGAAAGACAGUGGCAGUCCAGUUCUGUCAUCGACAACAACUUUGUCUUUGACUCUAACAGUUAGUAACACCACAUCAAAGAUAUUUAAGACCCCUUCAAAGACAACAACAGAAUCAAGUAAUGGUCUCCAAUUGAAUGUGAUGAUUGUUAUUGUUAUAGCAGCUGUGAUCGUAUCAGUUGUCAUAGUGAUCUCUAUAUCGAUCUGUAUAGUUCAUAGACUGAAGCAGACAGACAACAACUAUAACAACAGUGUUGAUAUGUACCACAAGGUUACACCUGCAUUAAACAUCCAAUCGAAAUAUAUAUUUGAUCCUACUUGUGUUCCUCCUGGGGUUCAGUGCACAAUGGAGAGGAAUCUGAAGUCAUCUCAACAACCAAUUGAAGACAGGGAAGGUAUUUACUGCAGAAAUAUGUCAGCUGAUAGAUGGAAUGAUCUGACUUUAAAAAGACCUCAACAGAUAUUUGUUCCAAGAGAAGAAAGUAUGUCUCCUGGUUACAGAGAACUAAACAGUGUUGACCAAUUUAACGAGAUGUCAACAUUGUCAUCUCAAACUGAUAGUGGUCAUGGCUGGAGUGUUGGUAGUGCCGGGCAUUAUGAGGAACUGCCAGAACUGACCAUAAUCAAGAAAUACAAUGUAAAUAUUAGUAACAUCUGA